AUGGACGAGGCUAUGUCAGGCUUUGUUAUUAAAGCUGGUGGAGGUGGCUGCGGCAAUGGCGGUGGUGGAACCAAGUGUGGGCGUUGGAAUCCGACUACUGAACAGGUUAAAGUUCUGACUGAUCUGUUCAGGUCUGGACUCCGAACGCCGAGCACUGACCAGAUUCAGAAGAUCUCAUCUCAACUGAGCUUUUACGGCAAGAUCGAGAGCAAAAACGUCUUUUACUGGUUCCAGAACCACAAAGCCAGGGAAAGGCAGAAGCGCCGCAGAGUCUCCGUUGAUGAAAGCGACGCCGUUCGUCCAGAUGACAAGAUCUCAUUUAUAAAGCGUGCGUUAGCACCAAGCCUUUCUGAUUUUGCAGAGCCAAAUCAGGCUUCGGAGCCUGAGAGAGUGAUCGAGACGCUGCAACUCUUCCCUUUGAACUCCUUUCACGAAUCGGAAACGGAGAAGAUGAGAUUGCUUACAAGCGAAUGCAAGGAAACGGCGUCGUUCACAUACACGAUCGAGACGGAAAUGGAUCAUCCGCCAUUGGAUCUGCGUUUAAGCUUCUUGUAAACAAAUUAAGCUUGGAAUCCGAAAAAUGUGGAGAGAUCAUUGCUAUGAUUCGAACAAUUUAGGUUUUAAAAUGAGGAAAGAAAUGAUAGAAAUUCAAAAAUUAACAUUCUGAAUGGUUUUUGCU